AUGGUCAAACUGCUCACCGGGAUUCGCCACUCCGGUGUGUUGCGGGUAGGCAGUAGAGCUGCAGAUGCAACGGUGUUAGCCUACGAUACGAAGUUUCCGAUCAUCUUGCCCAGGAAUCAUCGAAUUACGGACCUGCUGUUAGAUUUCUAUCAUCGAAAGUACGGCCAUGCCAACGAUGAGACCAUCGUCAACGAGGUGCGUCAGAAAUUUCACGUCUCACAACUACGAGUGAAAGUACGCCUGACCAGAAAACUCUGCAUGUGGUGCCGCGUGUACAAAACAAUGGCCGCCGCUCCUAAAAUGGGACCGCUUCCUGCGAUAUGGUUGAAGACGUGUGUGCGUCCAUUCACCUACGUGGGCGUGGACAUCUUUGGUCCGUAUUUAGUAAAGGUUGGACGGAGCGUAGCUAAGCGAUGGGUAUGCCUAUUCACUUGUCUCACUAUACGAGCUAUUCACCUCGAGAUGGCUGCCAGCUUAUCUACUGACGCGUGUAAGAAGGCGAUCAGGAGGUUUAUAGCACGACGGGGCUCCCCUCAGGAAAUUUACUCUGACAACGGUACAAAUUUUGUGGGAGCGAGCCGGGAGUUGCACGAAGAAAUUGGCAGGAUGCACACUGAAUUGGGCAGCACCUUAACGAAUGCACAAACCCAGUGGAGGUUUAACCCUCCUGCUGCUCCUCAUAUGGGAGGCUGUUGGGAGAGGAUGGUUCGGCCCGUAAAAUCGGCUCUUGGAAGCGUGCCGGUAGUGAGGAAGUUAGAUGACGAAUCGCUCGCUACGGCACUGGCAGAAGCUGAGAGCAUGGUGAACUCUCGACCGUUGACGUUCGUUCCGUUGGAAUCGGCUGAUCAUGAGUCGUUAACGCCCAAUCACUUCUUGCUCCUCAAUUCCAAUGGAGUACGAGAACUAGGAAAACUUCCAACGGAUGAGGGAAUGGCGUUGAGAAACAGUUGGAACAUGGUUCAGCAUACCAUAGAUAACUUUUGGCGCCGCUGGGUGGUGGAAUAUCUACCGACCAUUAUAAGACGCACAAAGUGGUUCCGAGAUGUAAGACCGAUCAAGACAGGGGAUUUGGUGCUCGUGGUGGAUGAGAAUAUCAGGAACCGGUGGCUACGUGGAAAAGUGAUCCACACAAUUCCUGGAAAAGAUGGAAUUACUCGUUGCGCAGAGGUGAUGACGUCAGCAGGGAUUUUGAAGAGACCUGUUACGAAAUUGGCUUUGCUGGAUGUAGAAAAAUCUGGUGACGCUGAACUAGAAGUUAAGGCGACACGGGGGGGGGGGAGACUGUUCGCCGCACCAGCCCCUCGAACAGGUCUGUGA